CUCUCCCGGAUGUUGCCUGGCUGCCGCCGUGCAGGAGCAGCGACCCGCGCGAAAUCCGGGAAGACACCAUCAUCCACAGGCGGGUCGCCAGAGUCCCCGCAUUGACCAUACUCCAGGGACUUAACUUUUUUUUUGUUGUUGAUCAUUUGAAUGGAAGCGGACGGCUUCGUGUCCCGGCGAACGUCCGCGGAGAGACCUGGCGUCGACAGCCGGGUCGCGGCGGGCGCUGCAGCCGAGGCAGAGUUCCGAUGGCUGGGCGGCAGGCUGCUGGACGCCACCGGCGGAUUUGUCGGUUCUCUGUCGCCGAGAUUGCCGGGGGAACAGGACUUCGCCCCGGUGUUGCAUCGAGCGGCGCCGACCCCGACCUCCGCGGAGCCGGACAUAGAUUAUGAAGGACUACCUCAGGGAGCGACCACCGGCACACACAUGCUGGCUGGAGCCGUGGCUGGCAUCAUGGAGCACUGCCUCAUGUACCCCGUCGACUGUGUCAAGACCCGCAUGCAGAGCCUCCACCCGGAACCCGGGGCGCGCUACAGGAACGUGAUGGACGCCCUGCGGCAGAUCGUGCGGACCGAGGGCCUGUGGCGGCCGAUCCGCGGCGUGAACGUGCUGGCGGUGGGCGCGGGCCCCGCCCACGCCCUCUACUUCGCCUGCUACGAGAAGAUCAAGUUCCGACUCAGCGACGCCAUUCACCCCGGCGCCAACAGCCACUUUGCUAACGGAAUGGCGGGCUGCAUGGCCACGGUGCUGCACGACGCCAUCAUGAACCCAGCCGAAGUUGUGAAACAGCGAAUGCAGAUGUUCAACUCGCCGUACCGCAGCGUGUUGGACUGUGUAGGCUCGCUGCGGAGGCGCGAGGGCCCGGCCGCCUUCUACCGCAGCUACACCACGCAGCUGACCAUGAACGUGCCCUUCCAGGCGCUCCACUUCAUGACCUACGAGUACCUCCAGGAGCUCCUCAACCCCCACAGACAGUACAACCCCUCGUCCCAUGUGGUGUCGGGCGCGCUGGCCGGAGCACUGGCCGCCGCUGCCACCACUCCCCUCGACGUCUGCAAGACCCUGCUCAACACGCAGGAGGCUCAGGCCAUUCACGUGAUCCAGGCCGAGGCAGCGACGGCAGGCGGAGCAGCCGCCGCCGCGGCCCCCGUCAGCCGCCACAUUUCUGGUCUGGGCGAAGCGUUUCGGACUGUGUACAGGAUGGGAGGCGUGCCGGCCUUUUUCAAGGGUGUCCAAGCCCGGAUCAUCUACCAGAUGCCCUCCACGGCCAUCAGCUGGUCGGUGUAUGAGUUCUUCAAAUACAUCAUCACCAAGCGGCAGCACGAGAGACGGCUGCGCGGAGACCGCGACGGGGACAAAUGAAUGUUUGAUAGCCGGUGUCGGUUUCUUCUUAACACGUGAAGGUUUGGGGGAAAACAACUACAGAAUUUAAAGGUCGAAAAGUUGACGUUUAUCUAGUUUACUGAGUUUGAUCCAGUUAAUAGCAGGUGAAGACACGAACAGAUGUGGGGUUCACAUUACCCGUCCUUAAGAAGAACGCCUGGUCCCGCCCCCAUUCAAAUCUGAUUCCACUCCCUGCUCUUGCUUCCACAAGGCAAAUAAUCUGUGGAGAAUAACGGUAAAAGUAAAAAGUUGAAUUCGUCCGUUUGAGUUUUCACCGACAGUGCAGACACUGUUUUUUUGUUUCGAUCCUUUCCAGAACUCCAACACUGGAUUCCACAAAAACAACGCGGAGGUAGAAGUUUUUACAUUUUUGUUUGCAGGUGUUUUUACGUUCACUGCCGACGAUUUGUUCAAAUUGUAGCAUCAGUCCACCGUGUCGGAGCGCGGAGCCUAAACUAAUACUUAACAUCUGUACUGUACACAGUGGGUUACCGCAAGUAUUCCCUCUGACCACAGGGGGGCGCUCACCUCAACCCCCUGUACUCAUCCUGUGUUGCAUUAUACCUCUGAGCUCGGAAGAAGUCGGGGUGGUGGGGGUUUUUGCAAUUUCCCACUCGGAUGGGCGGUAAUUUCGAGUUCCGAGAUUGUAAUGGAAACGCAGGGGAAACAAAUGGAUGUUACUGAAUCUGCCAUUUUGUUUUUAGCAAGGGUACUUAGGGAAAAACUCUACUCAGAACAAGGAUCAUAAAGAAAAUGUAAAAAGAGGACUUGAUUUGAAUGAAACAAAAAAAUAUUAAUUCUCAAUUCCCCACAAACAAACACACACACACACACACACACUCAGCCUAGAGAUUAUAUUUUGCGUGUUACGCGGCCGUAGGAGUGAAACCACAGCCAGACUCUGCCGUGUUCUUCUUCAAAAAAGGAAAACACACAAAGUCCUCAGAUUCAAUGAUAACUUGAAUCUGAAUCUUGCUUUGCCAUCCACACUUUUUUUGUUGUUGUUUGGGUCGCAGCGCAAAAAAAAAUUAGCUUUGAACGCAACGUCAAGGAGCGUUUUUUUCCGUAGUGCUCUCAGACGUAAUGAAAAAUGUAUUAUGAUAUUGAUUUCUUUGUUUUCCGCACGACAGCGUAGCACUUAAUACGUCUAUCAUUGUAGGGAAGAAAAAAAAAGAAGUAAAUGUUGACAUAGUUACGGAGGCUAGAGAAUCUACGACACGCCUUCUGUUAGCCGCCCUGCAUCUAACGCACAACUGCUACAAGCGGAUGAUCAGUUACAGAGAUGAUAUUGUGUUUUGAAGCCAUAAAUCAGGAUAUGAUAUAAUGUACCUAAUAUAUAUAAAUAUAAAUAUGGGUAAAUAUAGAUGAACUCUAACCAGUUAUGUAUUGGAGCCGACUUGUUUCAAGACUGUUGUCAAAAAAAAAAAAAAAAGAAAGGAAGAAAAAAUGAGCAGGUUUUUGAAGAACGCACAUAAAAUCCUCAUCUGGAUGGAAACCAAAAGGAAAACCUGGAUUAUGACCUGGAUUCAAUUCACACGCGCCAUGUUGGGUGUGUUUCUUGGGGGGGGAUAAAACAAGUAUUUUAUUUUAAAUGAUAUUGUGGAGUGGUCCUCAUGUUAAUCCAAGUUUCAACAUUGGAUGAAACCAAAGGACCGAGGGCAGACAGACAGACGGGGGGGGGGGGGGGGUUGUUGUCGGAGGACAAUGUGAAAAUGCUUGAACACCUGUAUUUUGUGAAUUGUAAAUAAAAGUGGCUACGGCAGCUCCUCGCAGAAGCAGGGUCUUCUCUUGGUGCUGGCUCAUCAAGCGCUGACACAAUUUCAAA